AUCCCUCCGCGGGGCGAGAGGGUCGGUGGGGGGAGUCGGCGUCUCUCUCCCCCGCGCCAGCUCCCGUACACGGAGCCGCAUUCCUUGGCCCCCCCACCCCCCUCCCUCGGGGCCCCCCCGCCCCCCUCGGGAAAAAAAUCCACCCCAAAUCACUCGAACCCGAGGGAGGUUUCCUUUCACCCUCGGGGAGACGCGCUCUCCACGGUUCCCUCUCAGCCGUCUCCCCCAAGCCCCCGUCCCCUCCCCUGCUCCCACCCCCUUCUCCCGGCGCCGGGUGCAAGGUCCCUUUAAGGCGACGGCGCCUUCCUCGGGUCAGACUACCGGCGGCGACGACCACGGGAGCAUGGCGGACACCGACCUCUUUAUGGAAUGUGAGGAGGAGGAGCUGGAGCCAUGGCAGAAAAUCAGCGAUGUCAUUGAGGAUUCUGUCGUUGAAGAUUAUAAUUCAGUGGAUAAAACUACUACAGUUUCUGUGAGCCAGCAGCCAGUCUCGGCUCCAGUGCCCAUCGCUGCCCAUGCUUCUGUUGCUGGGCACCUCUCUACAUCCACCACCGUUAGUAGCAGCGGGGCACAGAACAGCGACAGUACAAAGAAGACUCUUGUCACACUAAUUGCCAACAACAAUGCUGGCAAUUCUUUGGUCCAACAAGGUGGACAGCCGCUCAUCCUAACCCAGAAUCCAACCCCAGGUCUGGGUACAAUGGUUACUCAACCAGUAUUGAGGCCUGUCCAGGUCAUGCAGAAUGCCAAUCAUGUGACUAGUUCUCCUGUGGCCUCACAACCAAUAUUCAUCACUACGCAGGGAUUUCCUGUAAGAAAUGUCCGGCCUGUACAAAAUGCGAUGAAUCAGGUUGGGAUUGUGCUGAACGUACAGCAAGGCCAAACAGUUAGACCAAUAACACUAGUCCCAGCUCCAGGUACCCAGUUUGUUAAGCCGACAGUUGGAGUCCCACAAGUGUUCUCUCAGAUGACCCCAGUGAGGCCAGGCUCCACGAUGCCUGUGCGGCCCACCACCAACACCUUCACCACCGUCAUCCCGGCCACUCUGACCAUUCGAAGCACCGUCCCACAGUCGCAGUCCCAGCAAACCAAGUCCACACCCAGCACCUCCACCACUCCCACCGCCACACAGCCAACCUCACUGGGGCAGCUGGCUUCUCAGCCUCCAGGCCAAUCCAGCCAGACACCCAAUCCCAAGCUAGCUCCCUCCUUCCCCUCUCCACCUGCAGUGAGCAUUGCCAGCUUUGUCACUGUGAAGCGACCCGGGGUUACAGGUGAAAAUAGCAAUGAAGUAGCCAAACUGGUGAAUACCCUUAACACCAUCCCUUCCCUGGGCCAGAGUCCUGGGCCAGUGGUGGUAUCCAACAACAGCUCUGCCCAUGGCUCCCAGAGAACUAGCGGACCUGAGUCUUCAAUGAAAGUGACCUCUUCCAUCCCAGUGUUCGACCUCCAGGAUGGUGGACGGAAAAUAUGUCCACGAUGUAAUGCUCAAUUCCGUGUUACCGAAGCUUUGAGAGGUCACAUGUGUUACUGUUGCCCAGAAAUGGUGGAAUACCAGAAGAAAGGAAAGUCUCUGGAUUCAGAACCCAGUGUCCCAUCAGCAGCAAAGCCCCCGUCCCCUGAGAAAACUGCUCCUGUUGCUUCCACACCCUCUUCCACACCUAUUCCUGCUCUGUCCCCACCUACCAAAGUACCAGAGCCAAAUGAGAAUGUGGGUGAUGCUGUCCAGACCAAACUCAUCAUGCUAGUAGAUGACUUCUACUAUGGACGGGAUGGUGGCAAAGUGGCCCAACUCACAAACUUCCCUAAGGUCGCCACGUCUUUCCGAUGUCCACAUUGUACCAAAAGGCUAAAAAACAACAUUCGAUUCAUGAACCAUAUGAAACACCACGUAGAACUUGAUCAGCAGAAUGGUGAGGUAGAUGGUCAUACCAUCUGCCAACACUGUUAUCGCCAGUUUUCCACGCCCUUCCAGCUCCAGUGCCACUUGGAAAAUGUUCAUAGUCCUUAUGAAUCGACUACCAAGUGCAAGAUCUGUGAGUGGGCGUUUGAGAGUGAGCCACUAUUUCUCCAGCAUAUGAAGGAUACUCAUAAGCCUGGAGAGAUGCCUUAUGUCUGCCAGGUGUGUCAAUAUCGCUCCUCACUCUACUCUGAGGUAGAUGUCCAUUUUCGGAUGAUCCAUGAGGAUACUCGGCAUCUGCUCUGCCCUUAUUGCCUGAAGGUCUUCAAAAAUGGCAAUGCAUUCCAACAGCAUUACAUGAGGCACCAGAAGAGGAAUGUUUAUCACUGCAACAAAUGCCGGCUGCAGUUUCUCUUUGCAAAGGACAAAAUUGAACACAAGCUUCAGCACCAUAAAACCUUCCGUAAACCCAAGCAGCUAGAAGGUUUGAAACCAGGCACCAAGGUGACAAUCCGGGCUUCCCGAGGACAGCCACGAACUGUUCCUGUUUCCUCCAAUGAUGCACCUCCCAGCACCUUGCAGGAGGCAGCACCACUGACCUCCUCAACAGACCCUCUGCCUGUCUUCCUUUAUCCCCCUGUCCGGCGCAACAUCCAGAAGAGAGCUGUUAGGAAAAUGAGUGUCAUGGGCCGACAGACAUGUCUAGAGUGCAGCUUUGAGAUCCCAGAUUUCCCUAAUCAUUUCCCCACUUAUGUUCACUGCUCUCUGUGUCGCUAUAGCACCUGCUGCUCUCGAGCCUAUGCCAACCACAUGAUCAACAAUCAUGUUCCACGCAAGAGCCCCAAGUAUUUGGCUUUGUUUAAAAAUUCUGUGAGUGGAAUCAAGCUGGCUUGCACUUCAUGUACCUUUGUUACCUCUGUGGGAGAUGCCAUGGCCAAGCAUUUGGUAUUCAACCCCUCUCACAGAUCCAGCAGCGUCCUGCCACGGGGACUCACUUGGAUAUCUCACUCAAGACAUGGCCACACUCGUGACCGAGUACAUGACCGGAGCUUGAAGAAUAUAUAUCCUCCUCCUGCCUUCCCCUCUAAUAAAACUGCCACUGUGAAAUCUGUGGGGGCCACCCCAGCUGAGCCUGAAGAGCUGCCGCCUCCUUUGGCCCAAGCACUCCCAUCCCCAGCCUCAACCGCAACCCCACCGCCAACCCCAACUCAGCCCCAGCUUUUAGCCCUCCCACCCUUGGCCACAGAGGGGGCCGAAUGUCUGAAUGUGGAUGACCAGGAUGAAGGUAGCCCGGUCAUCCAGGAGCCUGAGCAGGCCACAGGGGGUGGUAGUGGCAGUGGAGUUGGAAAGAAGGAGCAGCUGUCUGUGAAGAAGCUUCGAGUGGUCCUGUUUGCCCUGUGCUGCAAUACAGAACAGGCUGCUGAACACUUCCGAAAUCCACAGCGACGGAUCCGUCGUUGGCUUCGGCGCUUCCAGGCCUCCCAGGGGGAGAAUCUGGAGGGCAAAUAUCUGAGCUUAGAAGCAGAAGAGAAGCUGGCUGAGUGGGUGUUAACCCAGCGAGAGCAGCAGCUACCUGUGAAUGAGGAGACCUUGUUCCAGAAAGCUACCAAAAUAGGACGUUCUUUGGAGGGAGGGUUUAAGAUCUCUUAUGAGUGGGCUGUGCGCUUCAUGCUCCGGCACCACCUGACCCCCCAUGCCCGGCGAGCUGUGGCCCACACCCUACCUAAGGAUGUGGCAGAGAAUGCAGGACUCUUCAUUGAAUUCGUGCAACGACAGAUUCACAACCAGGACUUACCCUUGUCCAUGAUUGUGGCUAUUGAUGAGAUCUCCUUGUUCCUAGAUACAGAGGUGCUAAGCAGUGAUGACCGAAAGGAGAAUGCCCUGCAGACAGUGGGCACGGGGGAACCUUGGUGUGACAUGGUGCUGGCCAUUCUGGCCGAUGGCACUGUCCUCCCCACCCUGGUUUUCUACCGAGGACAAAUGGAUCAGCCUGCUAACGUGCCGGACUCGAUACUGCUGGAGGUGAAGGAGAGUGGCUACAGUGAUGACGAGAUCAUGGAGCUGUGGUCAGCCCGAGUGUGGCAGAAGCACACAGCGUGCCAGCGCAGCAAAGGCAUGCUUGUGAUGGACUGUCAUCGCACUCACUUGUCGGAAGAGGUGCUGGCUAUGCUAAGUGCCUCUAGCACCUUGCCUGCAGUGGUCCCGGCGGGCUGUAGCUCCAAAAUCCAGCCGUUAGAUGUGUGCAUCAAACGAACCAUCAAGAACUUUCUGCACAAAAAGUGGAAGGAGCAGGCUCGGGAAAUGGCAGAUACUGCAUGUGAUUCCGACGUCCUGCUUCAACUGGUGCUGGUCUGGCUGGCUGAGGUGUUGGGCGUCAUUGGGAACUGUCCAGAGCUGGUGCAGCGGUCCUUCCUCGUGGCCAGUGUCCUACCUGGCCCUGAUGGCAACAUUAACUCACCCACUAGAAACGCUGACAUGCAGGAGGAGCUCAUCGCCUCCCUAGAGGAGCAGCUGAAGCUGAGUGGGGAACAGUCUGAGGAGCCCUCAGCUUCCACUCCCCGACCCAGAUCAUCUCCUGAAGAGACAGUUGAGCCUGAGAGCCUUCACCAGCUCUUUGAGGGUGAAAGCGAGACCGAGUCCUUUUAUGGAUUUGAAGAAGCUGACCUAGAUCUGAUGGAGAUUUGAGUGCUGGGGUAACCCUAUUGUAGUAGGCUUUCACAGACUGGGACAUGCUCAAGAUGUGAUGGGCCUGGUGGUACAGGUGUGACAUUUGUUACCACCUCUUUCUCCUCACCUCCAUUUUUUGGUUUUUUAACCCCAGCACACUAUAAUAUAGUGAACUGGAGUGAUUCCCACCCAUGAACAGCUUGGCCAGCUUCAUGAACCCAUGGCAUCUGGAAAGUGAACUGAAGAUCCAUCUGCUCUUGGCCUGCUCUUCCCCAGCUUUCUGCCUGAUGCCAUUUUGACAGAACACGGACCUUGAAGUCAUCCUUUUGCCUUUGAGAAAGUUCAAGAACUAUGGUCAACUCUAUCUACAGUGACCGAAUCCUCUUUGGUAGUCUCCGCAGCAGCCCCAGCCUCAGCAGAGCUGGGUCUCUGGCCUCUGCAUUAUUUGACUUUCCUGAUGGGUAAUUUUUUUAAGACCAUAAGACCAACAGUGGAUCAGCUGGGUUUUGGCCAGGAAGUUAUCUUUGUGGAUUCCGCCCGCAUGGCUUAGUAGUAGAAGGAAGUUUUUUUUUUGUUUGUUUUUUUGUUUUUUUUUUAUAAUUCAGUUUAAU